AUGGGGCAAGGGUUAGCACCAGACCUUGCGGUGGCAUUCUUGUCAAAAAUCGAAAAGCCUGCAAGUUCUCUUCCGUUGUCGACAGAUUAUUGGCUGGCUUUUCUGAACGUGCAGCUUCAACUACUGCGGGGAUGGUAUCGAAAGCCUAGCAACAAGAAUAUCAUCGUCCAUUACAGUUCUGCCCAUCCCUUGAACACCAAAAAAGUCACUGUCGGAGACAUUUUGGACCGCUUCUGCAAUUUCAUCCGAAGGCGCAUACAGAAGGGGUCAAUAGUUUUGGCUUACCGUGUUUCGCAACAGAAGGGCUGUGAUCUCAACCGUGGGCAGCUGAACGGCGUGCUAGGACUGAUGAGCUCUGCUAUUCGGGCUUGCCUCCAAAAAGCAAAUAUUCAAGACGAUGUAAGAGUGUUUGAAGUUCCUCCCCAAAAUUGA